CCGCUGUGUCCAACUUUAAGGGUUAUGACCGAGAAUUUAGAGAAGAAGAGGAGCAGAACUUUUAUUGUUUGAGGUUGAACACCAAGAGUCAAUGUCCCCGUCUCUAGCCCGAUCUGCUCCGAGAGAGCUCAACCAUUGGUGGAGCCAGCUGAGGUUUCGCCUCCAGAACAAGAAAGGAUGGAACGAGAUGUUGGAUGAGACGUUCCUUCUCUACACAAAAAAUGUAAGUGACAUUCCUCUCUUCUACGCGGCUAAAAACGACAGUCCUGGUUGCAUCAGGAAACUUCUUGGCUGUUCAUCCACCAACAUCUUUGAAAGAGGAGCCCUCGGAGAAACCGCUCUUCAUGUUGCUGUGAUGAACGACAACCUGGACGCCGCCGUGGCUCUGAUGGAAGGAGCGCCGGAACUCAUCAAUGAGCCCAUGACCUCUGAGCUUUUCCAAGGUUUCACUGCUCUCCACAUUGCCGUGAUGAAUCAAAACACCAACCUGGUUCAUCAGCUGAUUAGUCGUGGAGGUGAUGUCACCACGCCUCGAGUCACCGGUCUGUAUUUCAGGAAGAGGAUAGGAGGCCUUCUGUACUUUGGUGAGCACAUUCUGUCUUUUGCUGCUUGUACUGGGAACGAGGACAUUAUCAACAUGUUAAUUGAUGCCGGAGCCAGCACCAGGGUCCAAGACUACCGAGGCAACACCUUGCUUCACAUCUUGGUUCUGCAGCCCAACAAGAACUCUGUGUGCCAUGCCAUGGACCUGAUCAUGACACGCGACAUGGAGCUGGACCAGGCGUUGCCCCUCGACAUGGUGCCCAACUACCGAGGCCUCACACCGUUCAAACUGGCUGCUAAAGAGGGAAACAUCGUGGUUUUCCAGCACAUGGUUAAUAAGAGGCAUGUAGUCCAGUGGAGUCUGGGGCCUUUGACCUCUCACCUGUAUGACCUGACUGAGAUCGACUCCUGGGAUGACAGCAUGUCAGUGCUGCAGCUUAUUGUGAGCAGCUCAAAGAGAGAGGCGAGAGGGAUUCUGGAGUUGACCCCUGUGAGGCAGCUGGUCAGCAUGAAGUGGAACCUGUACGGAAAACAUUACUUCAGGAUGCUGCUGGUGCUGUACCUCCUCCACAUCCUGAACUUCACUCUGUGUUGUAUGUUUCGCCCCCUAAAGGACGCCAACAGGAACCUCUCGGACACAGACCCCGAUAAAACCAUCAAGGUCCCGAAGACAUUCAAAGAGAGUUAUGUGACUCAUGGGGACAGUCUGCGGCUGGUGGGAGAGAUCAUAAGUGUCCUGGGAGCGAUCGUCAUCCUGGUGGUGGAGAUCCCUGAUAUACUGAUGGUGGGAGCAAAGCGCUACUUUGGUCAAUCGGCGCUCGGAGGCCCCUUCCAUAUCCUCUUCAUCCUCCAUGCCCUCUUGGUGGUGUUACUGUGUGUGUUCAGAGUCUGCGGGGUGAACGGUGAGACCGAGGUCAUGGCGCUGGCUCUGGUCAUUGGCUGGUGCAACAUCCUUUUCUUCGCUCGUGGCUUUGAAAUGCUCGGACCUUACAUCAUCACGUUACAGAAGAUGUUAUUUGGAGACGUAGCAAAAUUCAUGUGGCUUUGUCUCAUUGUGCUCUUUGGAUCAUCUACCGCUCUUUGGAUGGCAUACAUGACCCAGGGUCCAGGGGGCCUUUCUCAGUACAGCUCCUUCCCCAUCACUCUCUUCUCUCAGUUUGAGCUCACCAUGGGUCUGAUCGACAUGCCGGUGGACGCCACCGUCAAAACCAUCCCCAUCAUCUACAUCCUGCAUGUGACCUUUUCCCUGGUCAACUCUAUGCUCAUUGUCAAUAUGCUGAUUGCCAUGAUGAGUGACACACAAGCGAGAGUUGCCCAGGAGAGAGAUGAGCUGUGGAGGACUCAGGUUGUGGCUACAACUUUAAUGAUGGAGAGGAGGUUUCCUCGCAGUUUGUGGCCUCGGCUCGGAGUGUGUGGGGUUAGCUUCGGCUUGAAGGAGCGUUGGUAUCUCAGGUAAGAAAAAACUGUCAAGAAAGGAGUGGUUCAACUCAGUUCUUGAGUGGAAAUAACUCAAUGAGUGGCUGAACACUGAAAAACCAACAACUGAGAAUUCAAAAUUGUGUUCAGCUCAACAUAAAGAUGACCUCUGACCUACCUCUCAAAUUUGACAUUAAAUAAUUCUGCAAGAAAAUAAAAGAUAAUUAAUUAUUUCAUUACGAAUUAAAAACAAAUAUUUCUGUAUGUGCUGGACCACCUUUUUGUGUUAUAACGAAUCAAGAAUUGCAAUCAACAGUUGCAACAUUUUCUUGGCUAAACAAGUUUAUUAUCACCAGGGGUGGCACUAUGAGGGGGCCAAAAAGGGGCAAUGAUCAACCCCAUAAAACUGUAGCCCACAGCCAGACAGAUUUAUAUAUAUUUAUAUUAUAUGUUUGAUGUGCAUUUUAAUUUCACUUUCCUAUUACUGAUGAGUAGAACCUCAUCAACAUAAAAUCAAACAAUAUUUUUAACAAUAAGUUAAAAUUACCAAUUAUUUUAUGUUGAAAAAAGGUUCCAAACCAAUCUGAAUGAAACACAGAGCAGAAAGUGAAUAUCCUCAUGAGGCUAUAUUCCUUUU